AUGGAUUACAAUCGUCCCCCGGUGCCCCCGUCAGGCCAGCCGGACUAUGAAAACCAGCAAAAUGAACCGUUCUCUGAAAAGCCCGAGCAUCUGGAAACUUUUGAUGAGGCUUUUAAAAUCGAAAAGCCCAAGUAUAAUGACAUUGCUUUCGCUAUAUUCUUCCUUUUAGUAGUGGCUGGUUUUGUGGCCGUCGCCGGCAUCACUCUCCAUGCCAUGUCGCAGGUUUACUCCCAACAAGGGGGAUCAAUUUACAGCUCACUGAGCUCUUUCACACUCAACUCAAAUACGGCUAUUUUGUUUGGGUUUGUUGUGGUGAUAGCCGUCGUCUUAUCGUUUUUGCUUAUCUUGUUCGCCAGGCUCCACGCCAAGUUCUUCAUUACAACGGGGCUUAUUUUGAACGUGCUUUUUGGCGUGGGUACCGCCAUUUACUACUUUGUCGCUGGCUACUACUCAGCGGCCAUUGUCUUCCUCGUGUUCGCAUUGCUUGCCGCAUGGUUCUACUGGUCAUGCAGAUCGAGAAUUCCUUUCAGUGCCACCGUGCUUGAAAUCACUAUCGACGUCAUGAAACGAUACAAAUCCACGCUCGUGACGUCCUUGAUUGGUAUUAUUGUAUCUGGAGCGUUUUCUGCCCUUUUUUCCAUGGUGUUGGUGGCCACGUACAUGAAGUACUCCCCAGAUAUUGGGAAUCCAGGAUGCGACAUCGAUGGCGGCUCAUGCUCCCAGAGCACUUUGAUAGGUGUCUUGGUGUUUGUGUUUUUUGCUGGCUACUAUAUCUCGGAGGUGAUCAGAAACAUCAUCCACGUGACGAUCGCCGGCGUUUAUGGCACGUGGUACUACUUGGCUAACUCCGACCAGGGUGAGCCCAAGUACCCCGCUCUAGGAGCUUUCAAGCGUGCCAUGACCUACUGCUUCGGCUCAAUCUGUUUUGGUUCAUUGAUCGUGUCGAUAAUCCAAUUGAUCAGAGGCUUGGUACGGAUCUUGAGGAACAAUGCCUUCGGUGAUGGUAAUGUAUGUGCUGGCUGUGGCUUCCUCAUCUUGGAUUUUAUUAUUGGAAUUAUUGAGUGGAUGGUCAAAUACUUCAACCAUUAUGCGUACAUCUAUAUCGCGCUUUACGGCAAGAACUACAUUGCCUCCGCCAAAGAGACCUUCCAGUUGAUCCGGUUCAAGGGCAUGGACGCUUUGAUCAACGAUUGUUUUGUGAACACGUCAAUUCAGCUCUAUUCGCUUUUUGUUGCGUACGUAAACGCACUUUUCGCAUACUUAUACUUGAAGUUCACUGAACCGGAGUACAACUCCAGCGGUAGCUAUUACGCGCCAAUCAUCGCGUUUACUUUCUUGAUUUCAGGUCAAAUCACCCGUGUUUCCUUGACGGUGAUUGAAUCUGGUAUUUCUACAUUCUUUGUUGCUUUGGCAAGGGACCCAGAAGUAUUCCAAAUGACGAAUAGAGAUCGUUUUGAUGAAAUCUUCCGCAACUAUCCACAGGUUCUCCAGAAGAUUUUUUCAAAAGAGGAGCAGCAGCAGAUGCAACAACAGCAGAACCAGCAGAACCAGCCAUACUAUCAGCAGCCCGCUCAGUACGGGCGGUAUUGA